UCCGCCGAGCAGCACCAUUGAAGCAAAGUGUUGAGUUCAAUCCUCUGUUCGAAUUAUGGUGAACGUUCAAUAAACGGAGAAAAAUUCGCGAGUUUUACUGUUCUUUGACCGAAUUUAGUGAGAAAAGUGUAGCAAUAUAUUAAACAUCUCAUUGAUAGGCGGACCUUAUUGGGGGGAGAUCAUCGGCUUGCAAUUACAGGCGGCUAGUGCACAGUGUCAUCGCGAAAGUAAUCUCAAAAAUAGUGAACACCCGGGUGUGAGGAUGGCUACGCUGCGCAUCGAAACGUUGCCCGAGCCAGGCAAUCGGUACAUCCUCGCCGAACUGAUCGGCAGUGGAGUGUGCGCCAAGGUGUACCGAGCCACGGACACGCAGGCCGGCAACAAGAAUGUGGCGAUCAAGGUGCAAAAGUUUGCGGGAGAAAUGAAGACGGCCAUCCAGGAGGAGUUUCGUAUAUUGCGCGAUCAUGCGAAGCAUCCGAAUCUGCUCGACUUCUACGGUGUCUACCGGAAGAAGUGCCCGGGCGGGGAGUGUGACGAAAUUUGGUUCGUGCUGGAGUACUGUGACUACGGGCCGGUAGUCGACGUUGUCCGGAGGCUGUUUGUGGGCAAUCGGCGCGCCAAUGAGAUGCAGUUGGCGUACAUUUUGCGUGAAGUGUCCAAGGCGCUGCUGUAUUUGCACGGGAAAAUGCACAUCGUCCACCGGGACGUCCGAGGUAACAAUAUCCUGUUGACGCGCGAUGGGGAGGUUAAGCUGUGCGAUUACGGGUUGGCACGGGACACGAAGUCAACGCUCGGGAAGCGAGGAACCUGUAUCGGAUCGCCCUGCUGGAUGGCACCGGAGGUCGUGACCAGCUCGAAGAGUGAUAAGGACGUGUACGAUAACCGGUCGGAUGUGUGGGCACUGGGCAUAACGGCGAUCGAGCUGGGCGAUGGUAAGCCACCGUUUGCCGAUAUGCACGCCACACGGGCCAUGUUCCAGAUCGUCCGAAAUCCACCGCCGACGCUGUACCGCCAGUCGAACUGGAGCCAGGAGUUUAACGAUUUCAUUGCCGAGUGUCUCGAGAAAAACCCCGACCACCGGCCGUUCGUGAUGGAGAUCGUAGAGCACCCGUUUCUGACGCAGGUCCCCGAGAACGACUACCAUUUGAGUCAGGAGCUUAAAAUGAUGGCGGACUCCGUUCGGCACAUUCAGCUGCCGCGGAAGGAAGAAGUGUCCGUGGAUCGUGGGGUGCUCAAGAUGGAGGACCAGCGCACGGAGAAGCUGCACGUCGAGGAUCUGGCCGCUCUGGAGCAACUAUCGGAGGAGAUGAUUCUGGAGGAAAUUUCCCAACGCUAUCGGAACGGCAAGACGUACACGUUCGUCGGUGACGUACUCGUGUCGCUGAACCCCAACGAAACCAUCCCGGAGUACGUGCGUGGCUUCCACUCGAAGUACAUGUUCAAAUCACGCUCGGAUAGCGAACCACACAUUUUCGCCAUCGCCGACAGCGCCUAUCAGGAUAUGCUGCACCACGAGGAACCCCAGCACAUCAUCCUGGCCGGCGAGAGUUACUCGGGCAAGACGACCAACUUGAAGCUGCUGAUGAAGCAUCUGGGCGUGCUGGGCGAAGGCAAUCCGGGAGUGUAUGAGCGGAUCGUCAACGGCUACAAAGCGCUUUGUGCCCUAACGAACUCCGGCACCCCGAUUAAUCCCAACUCAACCCGCAGUAUCAUGCAAGUCCAGAUGACGUUCGGUUCGAGCGGAAAACUUUCCGGCUGUGUGUUUUGGGUGUAUCUACUCGAAAAGCUGCGCAUUUCCUCCACAAACAUGAAUCACUCGAAUUUCCACAUUUUCUACUACUUCUACGACACGAUGGACGCGGAGGAACGCUUGAAGGACUUCUCGCUGGAACCGGGCCGCAACUAUCGCUAUCUGCGUAUCGCCGAGGCGAUGAGCUCGGACAAGCUGAAGUACUGCCGGGACGAUGUCGAGGGCAAUGUGCGCUCGUUCAAGGAGUUUGAGCAGCAGCUGCUGGCGCUCGAGUUGUCACAGAACAUUCUCGACACGAUCUACCGCACGCUGGCGGCCAUUCUGAUCCUGGGCGAGAUACGUUUCCGCGAGUCGGAAGGCGUGACGGAGCUGGAAGAUUUCGAGGUGGUCGGCAAGAUCGCCCGGCUGUUGCAGCUGGACGAGAAGAAGUUCCAGUGGGCUUUGCUGAACUACUGUGUCAUAGUGCGUGGUUCGGCGGAACGGCGUCGACAUUCGCCCGACGAGGCACGGGAUGCUCGCGAUGUCCUGGCGGCCACCAUCUACUGCCGGCUCGUGGAUUGGAUCACGAACACCAUCAACCAGAAGCUAUCCUUCGGGCGGGCCAUCUAUGGCGAUAAGCACUCCGUAACGGUUACGGACCACUUUGGAUUCGAAUGCUUCCACCGGAAUCACAUCGACCAGUUGGUGGUUAACUCGUUGAACGAACAGAUGCAGUAUCUUUACAAUCAGCGCAUUUUUGUUUUCGAAAUGAUCGAAAUGGAAGAGGAACAAGUUCCGAUGGCGUCGUUGCACUACUACGACAACAAGCUGGCCGUGGACCACAUCCUCACGAAGCCGAAGGGUUUGUUCAGCUACAUCGACGACGCAAGCCGCGGUCGGCACGGUCAGAACUACAUCAUCGACUCGAUCCACUCGCACAAGAGCCCGUUCGUGAAGCGAGCGAGUGGCCACGAGUUUACCGUCGCCCAUUACACGGGCCGGGUGACGUAUGAUGCGCGGGAUAUGGCCGACAAGAACCGUGACUUCAUUCCGCCGGAAAUGGUCGAGACACUGCGGGCGUCGGAGGAACCGAUCAUCAAGAUCAUGUUCUCGAAUCAACUCUCGCGGACCGGCAAUCUGACGAUGGCGGCCGAGGAAGCGCUCGGGGUACCGUCGGAGAAGGCGAACAAGCGGAAGCGCUGGGGUAUGAACACCCUGUCGAAGGGCAUGUACUCGCAGGUGCACAAGCUGCGCACGAUCGCCUGCGUGUUCCGGGCGACCAGCCUGGAGCUGAUCAAGUCCCUGUCGAUCGGUCCGAACAGUGGCGGAACGCACUUUGUGCGGUGCGUCCGGGCGGACCUGGAGUACAAGGAGAAGGGCUACGCGACCGAGAUGAUCCGGCAGCAGGUGCGAGCGAUGGCCGUGCUCGAUACGGCCCGGGCCCGCCAGAAGGGCUUCUCGCACCGGAUCCCGUUCCAGGAGUUUCUCCGCCGGUACCAGUUCCUGGCGUUCGAUUUCGACGAAAACGUGGAGAUGACCCGCGACAACUGCCGACUGUUGUUGAUCCGCCUGAAGCUGGAGGGUUGGGUGAUCGGCAAGACGAAGGUGUUCCUGAAGUACUACAACGUCGAGUAUCUGCAGCGCCUGUACGAGACGCAGGUGAAGAAAAUCGUCAAGAUCCAGUCGAUGAUGCGCGCGUUUCUGGCCAAGCGGACGGUCGCCACGAAGUUGAAGCAGAUCCACCGGGAGUCAGCGGAGGCCAAGGACGAAGCCGCACUGAAGAUUCAGUCCGCGUUCCGGGGUCAUCUAGCGCGGAAGAAGUACCGUCCGCUGAUCAACGAGAGGACCGGUAAGCUGGACGCCGAAACGGCCUCCUUUCUGCAACCGUUCGCGUACCGUUGGCGGAAGAAGUCUAUGUAUCAGGUGUUGCUACACUAUCGUGCAGCUCGUUAUCAGGAUCUGGUCAACGUAUCGCAGCAGGUUCACAUCUACAAUCAGCGUGUUGUGGCCGGGUUCGCCACCAACAGUAACUGCAUCAUGCUGGAGAAGAUCGACCCGAACCAGCGCAAUCCGGCGCUGCUCGGACCGCACAAGCCUGCGGUGUGGAAGCUCCGGUUCCGGUUCGACGAUAUCCCGUUUUUCGACACCACGUUCAUGUGCGACCCGUCGACGGCGUCCUACAUCUACACCGGAAACGACUCGGACGGCGAGGACUGGGACGCCCCGUUGAGGCGCAGGAAAAACCUGUCGUCCGAAAUCACCCAGUCGGCACAGCGUGGCUUGCGGUCGGAGGGCGGUGGACACGCAGAUCACUCCCUGGCCGACGAACCGUUCCACCGGGAUCCGAGUCUACCGAUCAAGAGACUUUCUCCACAUGGAAUAAUGAUGGAACCCAAGAUCGGCAACCGUGCCCGGUCACCGGUCCACUCGCCGGUGACGUCAUCGGUUUACUCGCCCGUACCGUACACACGCCAGACUGUCGACGACAUUCGGAGCAAGUUCAGCGCGGCCAGCCUAGAUGAGGUCGGUGGCGGAGGCUCAACCAAAACGGCCGUCUAUAAGAAGCGUCCGGCACCGAGAGUCCCUCCAUUGCCGGAACCGGAACCACCAGCGAUCGGUGAGUAUCCAGCGAAGGCGGCAAAGAAGCGCCAGGCUCCGCAGCCACAAGCCGGCAGACCGAUCACCCCGACGAAGAUUGAUCCCAUUCGCGAGAUGGAGCUGAUCGGCAAGAAGAACACAGAUGAGAACGAAAAUUCGGACGAUGAGCCACCGUUCAACUUCCAAGGGAUGCUGCGCAAGACCAACUACAACCGGGCGUCGAUGAAGCGCUCCGCCGAUGGGCUAUCGUUCACCAGCACCAGCAUCGACUUCGAGGACACUAACAACAACACUGGCCACAGCUUCUACCCAGCGGCCAGCGGUGAGUUUAGCCGCAAGGAACCAUCGAACUCGAACGUCGUUUACCAGAGCAAACGGAGCACGGAACGACCCAAGUCCUGCCAGGGCACGGAGAACGGUACCAGUGGCACUAGCAGCCGGGACAGUAGCUCCCCGACCGCCCGGAAGCUGUCCCUGGCGCAGGACACCAUCAUGCUGAACGACCAGUACGCCGGAACGUCGCGCAGCCGAUCGGUGACCCCGCAGGACGAGAACCAGAACCCGCUGACGGGCACCGGUGGUGGGUUCAUCGCCGAGGAGAUCGUCCCCGGCAUCAUCGUCGAGGCGGAGUAUGUGGAGGAGUUUUAGGUGGCCCUCCGGCACCCGGCGGUUUCUAUGUAGUAGUGUGUUUCCUAGUGUUUCGUUGGCUUUCCCGUUAAUCCCGAGUGGCCGAGUAAAUAAAGGCAUAUAGACCAUU